AUGUGUAUCAGGGUCAUCAGUUCAACUCAAACUCUAAUCCCAAAAUGGAAGCCGCCUUAUUUUAGAAAUGCACCAUUCUCAGUGAUUUUGUCGAAGGCCUGUGGCUCAGCAAUAGUGUUUAAAGGUUCAGUUCAGUCCGGUUUUUUGCCCCGAAAACGCGCAACCGUGGACCGCAACCGGUCCAGGACCAACCCAGAUAUUGAGGGAACCGAACCGAACCACCUAUGACCGGUCUUUUGCGGUCCAUGAUACCGGUUCAGACCGAUCCAGACCGGUUUUUUUGCGUAUAAUUUAUUAUACCAAUAUAAACCAUUUGUAUCUCAACCAUUAUUACUCUGAAAAAUAAACAGGUUAUAUAAAAUAGUAAAGCAUAUAAAUACCCGUCAUUCUACCAAUUUUCAAGAGAUUUAAUGAAGAUUUGACAUA